GGGAGGGGAGAGAAGGAGGGGCGGGAGUCCGGCGCGGUGGUGCGCGGAGGGCCGGGAAUGCCCGCGGUGCGGGCCGCUCCGUGGCCGUGUCCAGGCGAUGGCUCUCCGUCUGAUCGCCGACUUCGAUCUCGAGAAGGACGUGCUCCCGUGGCUGCGGGUGCAGCUGGCGGCGUCAGCUGCGGCCGGGGCCCGAGGCGGCGGCCCAGGUGUUUUAGAAAACAAUUAUGAGUGCUUACGUGUACUAAAUGUUGAACGAAACAGAAAUAUUAUUUAUACCUAUAAGGACAAUAAGGGAAAUGUCUUCUUUGGAUUGUAUGAUUACCAAACCAAACAAAAUGAGCAUCUCUAUACAUUUGAGAAAGAUUUGCAAGUUGUCAGUUGCUCAGUCAACAAGGAGAAAACUUUGCUGGCUACAAGUUUAGUUCAAGCUGCUAAAGAAGGAAGGAGUAAUGAGCUUCAACCAGGAUCAAAGUGCUUAACUUUGUUGGUCGAGAUCCACCCCAUUAACAAUGUGAAGGUUCUAAAAGCAGUGGAUAGCUAUAUUUGGGUACAGUUCCUCUACCCACAUGUUGAAAGUUGCCCUCAACCAAAGAAUCAUCUGUUACUGCUUUCAGAAGAGAAAUAUAUUGAACAAUUUCAUAUCCAAGUUGUCCAAGAAGAUGGAAAUCGAGUGGUAAUUAAAAAUUCUGGCCAUCUCCCAAGAGAGAGAAUAGCCGAAGAUUUUGUUUGGGCUCAGUGGGAUAUGUCAGAGCAGAGAUUAUACUAUAUUUAUCUGAAGAAAUCAAGAAGUAUCUUAAAAUGCAUCCAGUUUUAUGCUGAUGAGCACUUUAACUUAAUGUUUGAAGCACCCUUGGAUAUAUCAUUAAGUGACUCAGGAUUCAAACUUGUCAACUUUGGAUAUAGUGAUCUUCAAGACAAAGAGGAAUUAUCCGAACACCUGACCUUAUGUGUUUUUACCAACCAUACAGGAAGUUUGUGUGUAUGUUACUGCCCGAACUUUGACUCUUGGGAACAAAUCACAUAUUCAGUGUUUUACUUUCAUAAAGGGCACAGCAAAACCUUCACUACUACUCUUGGGAGUGUUGACUCACAUGUGACAAAGGGCAUUACUUUUCUCAACCUUGACUAUUAUGUGGCCGUUUACUUACCUGGUCAUUUCUUUCAUCUCCUUAACAUUCAACAUCCAGACCUGAUCUGCCACAGUCUGUUUCUGACAGAAAACAGUGAAGUGAUUGACAUGCUACCUCAUAGUCCUUUACAGUCACUGUCAGGGUCUCUGGUCCUGGAUUCACGUUCUGGAAAGCUCUACAGGGCACUCCUCAACCAGUCGUAUUUAGUGGAGUUCCUGCGGAAUGCCCGGCUGGACUGUGAGAGGAUGGCCUUGCUUCACUGUGCGCUCUCGGGUGGCCGAGACCCACGGCAACUGGAAGCCAAGAUUAUUCAGUGGAUUUCUGAGAAUAUCUCUGCCUGCCAUUCAUUUGACCUCAUUCAGGAAUUUAUAAUUGCUUCUUCAUAUUGGAGCAUUUAUCCAGAGACAAGUAACAUGGAUAAACUUUUGCCGUAUUCCUCACUGCUCACUUGGGAUACAGAAAUUCCUGGAAUAACCCUUGUUACAGAAGAGAUUCCGUUGCCUCUUAUGAAGGUGCAUAGCUUUAAGGGCUACUGGGAAAAACUGAACUCCAACCUGGAAUAUGUUAAGUACUCCAAGCCACACUUACACUAUAACAACAGCGUGGUCAGGAGAGAGUGGCACAACCUGAUCUCAGAAGAGAAAACAGGAAAAAGAAGGUCUACGAUGUAUGUGAGAAAUAUUCUUGAUAAUGCAAUAAAGGUGAUUUCUAACCUAGAAGCAAAGAAUUUGGAGCCAAGAUUAACACCCCUCUUCCAGGAGGAAGACACCCACCAGCAGCUGCUUAUCGGGCUGAUGGUGUCUGAACUAAGAGAGCAUCUUUUGAGACAUCUACAGGGUGUAGAAAAGAAAAAAAUUGAACAGAUGGUUCUGGACUAUGUUUCAAAACUGCUGGAUCUCAUUUGCCAAAUACUGGAAGCCAGUUGGAGGAAACAUAAUCUUCAUCCCUGGGCUCUCCACUUCAAUAGACAGGCGAGUGCUGCUGAAUUUGCUGUCUUUCACAUCAUGACCAGGAUUUUGGAAGCUACUAACACUUUGUUUUUACCCCUGCCUCCUGGUUUUCACACUCUGCACAUGAUCCUUGGCGUCCGCUGUCUGCCUUUGCAUAACCUGUUGCAUUACAUUGAUCAUGGAGUAUUACUUCUCACAGAAGCAGCUGUCACAAGGCUCAUGAAAGAUCUGGACAAUACAGAGAAAAAUGAAAAACUAAAAUUCAGCAUCAUUAUGCGGCUUCCUCCGCUUACAGGUCAGAAGAUCUGUCGACUUUGGGAUCAUCCUGUUAGUUCUAAUAUAAUUUCCCGGAACCAUGUAAAGCAACUGCUUCAGAACUACAACAAACAGCCCUGGAGUUCUGUAAUGGACAAGUCAUCAUUCAGUGUAGAAUUUCUGCCUCUGAACUACUUCAUUCACAUCCUGACAGACAUUGAGUCCUCCAAUCCAGCUCUGUAUGCUUUUGAAGGACAUGACAAUGUGGAUGCAAAAUUUGUAGAGGAAGCAGCUCUGAAACACACUGCAAUGCUUUUAGGAUUAUAAAGAGAAAAUAUAGUUAUAUUUGCUUCCACUAUUUUAAUCUUGCUUAUUAGCUCCAUUCUCAUUGAGAAUUCUUUAGCAAUAUUUUAUAUUGGUAACCAAAGUCAGAGUACUUUGUUGAGCCCUCUGAAGUUCAGUUUAAUACUUUGUUCAGCUAGAACUAAACCAUUGUGCUUUCUCCCAUUUUGAACAGCAGAUGAACAGUCAAGUGUAGAGAAAUGACAACCUGUCCAAGGAGGUAUGCCAUGGCCUUGGCAUUGCAAUUGGCACUGCAAUGGCAAUGGUGUAAAUUCUUCCAAGUGACUGAUCUUCCUAGUACUCUCAUAGGCCAAAAGUUAGUUUCUGUUAUACUCUGAAAUAAAAUAUGUUUCAAAAAUGUAGGAACAGUGCUUAGAAAAACAAAAAUUAGAUGUGUCAUUGAGUAUGCGACAAGCAGAAAAAUAAAGUUGCAGAAAAACUCUA